AUGAGAUUGAUCUUAACUCUGCUUCUACUUGCUGUGACUGCAGCUUGUGCUUCUGGAGAGGGCAGAACUCGGGUGAAACGCCAGGGCUUACUAGAUUACUCAAAGUGGACUGAUAACACAAUAAACUACUAUUACCAAGAUGAUUUUCCUCUGGAAAUGCAAGCCAUGUUCCGAGACGCUUUCGGAUAUCUGAGCAAUCAUACGUGCUUGAAUUUUUAUUACAACAAUGAAGCGGAGAAUGCAGUUGAAAUUGGACUCGACACUUCUUGCUGGUCACAAUUUGGAAUGGAAGGUGGACAUCAACCUCUGGCUUUCGCUUACCAUUGUGCAGCUUUCGGAGUAGCUGUACACGAAAUAAUGCACGCUCUCGGAAUAGCUCAUAGUCAGGCAAGAACAGAUCGAGAUGCCUAUCUAUUUGUGAAUUCUGAAGAUCACAACGACAAUAUACAAAACACUGUGAAUCUAGUGCCAUUUGAUUACGGUAGUGUGAUGUUGUAUUGGCGAGAUCAUACUCGCUGGCCUAAAGAUCCCGAAUACAACUACACAAUGGGAAGCCUUCGUGUCGCAUUCUACGAUAUGAUUCUCCUCAAUUCGUUCUACGAAUGCAACUGUGAUAAUCAUCCAGAAAAACUUGAUUGUAAAAAUGGGGGAUAUCAAAAUCCAGCAAAUUGUAAUGAGUGUCUCUGUACUGAUGGUUUCAAGGGACAAUUGUGCGAUCAACCAGAUGGAACUGUUUUCAAUGCGUCAACAGAAUGGCAAGCCAGUUACAUUAAAACUAUAAAUUUAAAAGGAAUACACAUUAACACUAUGCCACAAUAUAGCAAAGUUCUCAUCAUGGCCCCGGAAGGUUCAACAAUCGAGGUCAGAAUCACAAAGCUUUACGGAUUUCAUUGUCAUGAUUUCUGUGAUAAUAAUGGAGUUGAAUUGAAAUACAAAACGGACCGAAGAAUUGUCAGCCCAUUGGUAUGCUGUGAUAAUGACAACCUGUGGAACAAAACACGAUCUUCCACAAAUAUUCCGUUUGUAAUUGUGAAGUAUGGAGAUCCGAAAACUCCAAUUUUCGAGUUCGAGUAUCGAUAUAUUCCUGGAAAUUCUACAUUAGUGGAUAAAAAUCAAGUUUGA